AUGUGACAUGUUCGCGCUGGGAAUGUCCCCUGCGUUUGGACUGCGCAUGCUCGCCCAGCUCCGCGCAUGCGCGGCCCGUUGCUUUUCCCGGCCAUGCGCUUUGCGCUGCCUCUGUCAGUCCUGGUACAUGAUGAUGGCGUCUCCUGCGGUCCGGUGCUCCUCACGCUGGAUCUUCGUGGCCGUCUCCGCCGGGCAGCGUCGGGGCUGCUCGCGGUUCGCCCGCGCCCAUACGGAGACAUUGCGUCCCGUUCCUGCCUUGAGUGCAUCGCAGUAUCGUCCCGGGGGCGGCGGAGGGCCCGGCCACGUCCUGACAUUGAGAGCAUUAGCAGGAGUGAGGAGCCCCAGUGUCAUCCCUGCCCCCGCCUUCCACACCAGCGCCUCUGCGUCAAACAAGCAGGACUACUACCAAGUGCUGGGGGUGUCCCGGUCGGCCACGCAGAAGGAGAUCAAAAAGGCUUAUUACCAGCUUGCUAAGAAGUACCAUCCUGACACAAACAAGGAUGACCCCCAGGCCAAGGAGAAGUUUGCCCAGCUGGCGGAAGCUUAUGAGGUGCUGAGUGACGACGUGAAGAGGAAGCAGUACGACACCUACGGCGCGGCCGGGUUCGACCCAGGGCAGGCGGGGGCGGGCAGCCAGCAGUACUGGCGCGGCGGGACCAGCAUGGACCCCGAGGAGCUCUUCCGCAAGAUCUUCGGGGAGUUCUCCGGCUCCAGCUUCGGGAACUUCAACUCCAUCUUCGAGCAGCCCCAGGAGUACGUCAUGGAGCUGACGUUCACCCAGGCGGCCAAGGGGGUGAACAAGGAGAUCUCCGUCAACAUUGAGGAUUCGUGCCAGCGCUGUGACGGCAAGGGCAACGAGCCGGGCACCAAGCUGCAGCACUGCCACUACUGCAACGGCACUGGCAUGGAGACGAUAAACACGGGCCCCUUCGUGAUGCGCUCCACCUGCCGGCGCUGCGGGGGGCGGGGCUCUGUGAUGACCACGCCUUGCGUGGUGUGCCGGGGGACGGGCCAGACGAAGCAGAGGCGCACGGUGAAGGUGCCCGUGCCUGCAGGGGUGGAGGAUGGCCAGACUGUCCGGAUGUCCGUGGGGAAGAAAGAGAUCUUCAUCACUUUCCGGGUCCAGAAGAGCCCGGUGUUCCGGAGGGACGGAGCCGACAUCCACUCCGACCUCUUCAUCUCCGUGUCCCAGGCCAUCCUGGGGGGCACGGCCCGAGCACAGGGGCUCUACGAGACCGUGAAUAUCGCGAUUCCGCCUGGCACCCAGGGCGAUCAGAGGAUCCGUCUCUCCGGGAAGGGGAUCCCUCGGGUCAACAGCUAUGGAUACGGAGACCACUACGUCCACAUCAAGAUCCGGGUGCCCAAGAACCUGACGGACCGGCAGCGGGCUCUGCUCGUGAGCUUUGCGGAGGACGAGACGGAUGUGGAAGGAACUGUAAAUGGCAUCACUAACACUGCAGCAGGUGGGGGCUCCAGGGGGGCACGCCCUGAUGCAGGGCAGGACAGGCCUGAGGAGGGCCAAGACAAAGAGGAGGGCUUCAUCUCCAAACUAAAGAAAAUGUUUAGCUUCUGACAGCCCCAGCCCAGGGAAGCGCUACACUGGGAAUUAGGGCGAACUGAGCCAUGGAUCCAGUUUGGUUGCGACUGGAACAGGAUAUUGGAAUGACAGAUUAUACCCGGACUUCCUCAUGAAGAGUUGCCUGUCUGCUAGACGAAGCUGCUACGUUCCUAAGAGCUGGGUGUAAAGAGACAUUUCCGAGGGGUCAGGAUGAAGAUCACGACUACUAAACAGGAUCCAGCACACCUGCAAGCGACUGCCCCAACAACAGGAUGAAGGCGUCACGACCAUUGGAGUUGUGUAUUUGGGACAGAAGUUACAUAUAGCCACAGCAACGCAUACACACGAUCUCCAGGAUCUCCAAAAGUUUGCGGUUUGGGAUUCUACAUAAUUAAAGCUUUUCCCUUCACUGUAGGCUCUUGGUGCUUUUUCAGCACUUUAAAUUACAAAGUGUGUGGGAUGGGCAUCCCUAUAGUGUGUUGUCAGAGGGUGGAGACCAUGUGGUUGUCAGGGCCCACUUCCAGAUGAAGCAGUUUCUUAGGGGCAAGCCACCUCUUACCCACUUGCCCCAUGGAAGUUCCUUGUUUGCAGGAACCAAGUUAGUUGAGGACACUUACAUCUCUACAAGUUUGAAGUUCUGUUUAACAUUGUGUUUUGUUAAUAUGAGGAUGCGGAUAAGGAGUAGUGUUUUGUGUCUCAGUGGGAGGGAGGCUGUUUCAAGCUUUAGCUGAUGGGAGAGCAGAGGAGAGCUGAUCAUCUUAAGGUCACUUGGAUACUUCUCGAUCUAGGCUCACUCCCAUCUGUGGGAUGCCUUGUUUCUAUUGUCACCGACAGUGAUAUGAAUUUGACCCACUAAGUUACAGCAACCCUGGAGCUGCAAGACGCUUUCUGAAGAUAAAAGGAAAUUAACCUCACUCUAUGAAGCAUUGGCUAACUAGUCAGAUGUGCAGGAAAUGUUAUACUGUUAUGGGGGAGGGAUGCUUUACGUAACGACUUGAUGGUUUUUGAAAGCUGUUAAUUACGGGGCAGCCAGGCUGUAUUGAAUGUCAUCUUCUCAUUUCAUAGAAUUUGACUAGGAUAAAAAGUGACUGCAGUCAUAUCAUACAUGUUGUGUAAAAUCCUUUACAGUGAGCAGACGUAAACCCAGUGCAUUCGUUUUUGUAAGUAAGAUGCAUCUUGAUGAAUCCUAUCGUAACCUUCACCAGGCCUCCUCUGCAAAUUCACGGGACUGCACCAUCGGCCUCCAGCCUGAUGAAACUAAGCUGGUGAGCUGUGCUAAAGGGGGUGGGGAGCUGUUUGAAUAUACUACAGGUGCUGUUGAAAGCAAAGCAUUUGGCAAGACUGGCUCAUCCAAAACAACGGGACAGGGGGAGGCAAGCGAGUCCCAUUGCCUGAGAUCUUAUUACAGCUGAUCCAGCAGCCACACAGGCAGAUGAGUCUUACCCGUUCUCGCAGGCUGUCACGUGAUCCCCCUAGCCUGUUUUCUGUUAGGUUUCUACAUGCCUGAUGUUGCCAAGCACAAAAUAAAUUAUAGUGGAAGAUCAGCAGUUCUGUUCUUAGUAGCCAUCGUGCCAGUUGGAAAAUCUUGGUUUAAGAGCACCAGUUAACUGGAAAAUCUUGUUCUAAGAGCACCCGUUAAUUGUUUUUUGUAGAGCAGGUAGCGGGCUUGGAAAUGUGUUUUCAGUUCUGAAAUAGCAGGGUGAGGACAGGUGAAGGCCAUGAAGCUGCACCUGUAAGUGCGCACAGCUACAGCACCAGGAUUAAGAUCAAGAUGCUGAAAAACAGUCCCCUAAUAGCUGUUCAUUAACCAGUAGUAGUGAAAAGUCUAAGUGGGGAAAAAUAGCAGUCCUAUGUGUACAUUUGCACUAUUAAUUCACUCAACCAUAAGAGUUUCUUAUUUCUGAAGUUUACCAGUAGCAGAAGAUAAAAUAAAAUAAAACUGACAUUCUUUUCAACUAUAAAGAUUUCUUUUAUCCUAGUAGAGACUUGCAUUAGAAUGAACCACAUGUUUUGACCAGCCAUAGAUACUACAGUUUAAUUCACUCAAUCAUAAGAGUUUCUUAUUUCUGAAGUAUACCAGUAUCAAAAGAUAACAUAAAAUAAAACUGACAUUCUUUUCAACUAUAAAGACUUCUUUUAUCCUAGUAGAGUUUUGCAUUAGAAUGAACCACAUGUUUUGACCAGCCGUAGAUGCUACAGUCAAGUAGCCAGCAGCAGUAAGGUGCUGAUACAGGUGAUAAAGGAAAUAAUUAUGAUCUCUGUUCAAUAAAAAAGUGGCAUAGUUGCUAGACAGAAAACCUGCAAUGUAACAGGUACAGUACUAAAGGAGCUCUGGACCCUAACAGGUUUCAUUUCACUUUCAUGUUUUGUGGGAUCAAGUCAAGGCUGAAAUGGCACAGAUGCACUUCCCACAUCCUAUAAUGAAGAUGCACAGACUCAUCUUGUGUGCAGAAAUUACAAGGUCCAAAUAAGUUCAGCAUGCUGGCAUUCAAAUAUGUUCUAAUGUGUAAUAGGUCAUUAAAUAAGUGUUUAUAUCUGGAA